AUGUGUGAGCAAACAGAAAUUAAUUAUUUGGAUGGAGAUGUUGUUUGGGUGAAACUUGGAGGAUGUUGGUGGCCUGGACAAGUUACUGGGUUUCACAAUUUACCUGAAGAUAUUCAGCAUGAAUUUCAAAAGAAGCCAUUAAUAGCUGCUGUGAAGUUUUUUCAGGAAGAUACAUAGUAAGGAACCUUAUAUCUUUAAUUUAUUACAUUAUUUACGUAUUAAAUUUAUUCACAUUUAAUAUUAUUUUUAGUUGAUAGAUUUUCAUAUGUUUGUUUUAUGAAUAAAUAUCUUUCAUAUGUAUUAUUAACUUUUUCAGUGAAUUUGUGAAAAAUUAUCAACAGAUUUAUAAAUACAACUGUACCCAGAAGGAUGAAUUUAUCAGGAAAGGAUUAGGUAAUGUUUUUUUAAAUUUAAAACAGUCAUGUGUGUGUGUGUGCGUGCAAUAUAAAUUUUCAGACUUAAUUGGUUUUUAUUUAUUUUUGUAUGUUAAAUAAUCUCUUAUUCAGGUAUACCACAUGUACUAGCAUCUUUUAUAUAA